AUGCUACACUCGGGCCUGGGGUUUCGUUUCCAGGACCCGAAGACAAAGUGGAGACUGGUCCCCGUCUCGGACAGUGGUGAAUUCUGGCUGGUGACGGGGCCAAAUCAUCAUCAGCCAGGCGAGAUGCUUUACCUGUCGAACUCAAUCUGGAGCAGGCACGCGUUUUGGCGCGAUCCGAAUUGCCAGUGGCGCGUGAUGGAGGUGGCGUAUGGUCUGCAGCCGUUCAUGCUGAGCCCGGCCGAAAAUUGGAUUGUGGGCGCUGAGGGUCACAGAAGCUACGAGGAUUUCAUGCUGAUUUGGAAGGUUGGCGGCACCCACAUUCACAACUUCAACUACGACGGCAGGUGCCGCUGGCUGUUGAAGCCAGCAUCGAAUGGUGAAUUUUGGCUCAUCACUGGUUCGGAAGCAGACAACCCCAAUGCAAUGCUGUACCUAAAGAGUGGCAGCUUCUGGGUGCAUUCGCCAGCCUGGCCCGAUCCCAAGUGCACGUGGCUUGUUGUCUCCGCUGGUGAUGGUGGCUUCUGGUUGGUGACGGCUCAGAACCAUCACGAUCCAAACCAGAUGCUGUACAUCAGUGAUGGCCAAUGGAAGCACACGGGCUUCUGGGAAGACCCUAAAACGAAGUUCCGAUUCCUGCUCAAUGGCUGA